GAUUCUUCGUCUUCGACAUACAGCAGUUCUGGCGCAUCUUCUCUUGUUUCUUCUACCCCUUCAUCAUCCUUAUCCAUUUCUGACUGCAGUGAUGACCCACCAUCGCGACCAGCGCUUGCAAAUGGUAAUCCUAACGAUACGCCUGGAACAGAGAGUUUGACACCACCCAUGGUGCAAAAUAGCAGUGACGAGUUGGGAAAUACUACGAAUGCUACCACAUCCGAAUUGUCCCCUUUGACCAGUGGAUCACAACAGAGCACUAGUGCACAUUCAGUUCAACCGCCCGUGUCUGUACUUCAUCCCAAGGAACGGUUGAGUCAGUGGCUAGACGAAAAUCCUUCUUCUCCUCAUAUGCCAGAGGAGAACAUGACUGACCCCUUACAGAGAAGGACGGAUGACACCGACAUGUACGACCCUCCUGUAUCCGGCGCAGAUGAAAUAGAGGCGGAACUACUUCCUUCUGCUGCUCUCCUACGUCGACAAUGUCCAGCUGAACUGAUGCAGCCUCGCUACAUAAGGACAAAGCAUGAUACUACCAUGGAACAUUUGGCGGAGUUCAUACACGUGCGGGUGAUGGAAGAGGUUCAAUCAAAUCAAACUGAUUUUGACGCAGAUCCCGUUCCAACAGUCCCGCGACCUCAACACUUCUAUGUUUUUAGCCGUAAUGACGGACAUCACAUUCGUAAAAUUUUUUUACAUGAGACUAUGUUGACAGCACAGAGCGCAAUGACCAGAGAUGAUCACCUUGUGAGUUACUGUAUUCCAUAUUAA